AUGGAAACAAAAGAUUUAGGAAGCCAACUCUUCUUUUCAGGGCAACAAUAUGAUACUAUGAAAGAUGUGUUUUCUCCUGAAUCAGUUCAUGGUGAAUGGGGUUAUUGGUCAUCAUGGUCAAAUGAAUGCCACUGUGAUGGAUACCAGUAUAGACAUAGACUCUGUAAUAAUCCUGAGGAGAGAUUUAGCGGACGAAAAUGUCCAGGGGAGUCUACUUCAGGGCGACAGUGUUCACCUGUAAGCACAGCUUGUGAAGCUUUCGAGGAACCAGCCAUUCUAGACGUGUGUACUAAAAACAAUUCAGUGACAGACAUUGUCGGCCUAGAAAAUUGGUCCGAGUGGGGCGCUUGCUCAUCUGAGUGUGGAAAUGGAUUGAUGUCAAGAAUACGAACAUGCGCAACACCCGGUUCAAUAUAUUUUGACGAAAAUUGUCAGGAAGAUAUAGUUGAAACGCGACCAUGUAUCGGAAACAAGAAAUGUCUUGUGUGUUCAAAGAAGUUUCAAAAGUGCUACAGUGUGAUAUUAAAAGCAACCAACUGGAAUCAGGCACGGCUAGAGUGUUGGACAAGAAACAUGUCGCUAGUCACAAUGCUGUCGCUGUCAGAAAUGAGAUUCAUUAAAUACUUGUUGCGUGAACGAAGACGCGUAGACGUUCCUCCGACAAAAUAUUUUGAUGCUGAAUAUUAUGUUCACAUAGGGCUGAUCCCUGGCAAUUCACAGAACGAUAAAGCUAUGUGGGGAAACGGAAUAUAUGCAGCAUACUUUACAGCAUGGAAUUCAGAGAAAUCUUCAACGACCGGAAGUUGUACUCGUAUGAACUUUAAACUAUUCAAUGAUGAUAAAACGUGGGAGCGUGAGGAUUGUGACUUGAAAUUGGCGGAAUACAUUAUGUGUGAAAAAAAUCAGGACGGGCAAGACAGUGUUCCAGUCAAGUCGUUGACAACCUUUGUUGAUACUGAGCUGGCUGAUGUCCCCGAGCAGAUAUCAUCCGCGGAAUAUGACGGCAAUGUUAGUCUCACUAUUGCUGGAAAAAGCUGCAACAAUACAUUUUGCCGCUAUAAUUAUGCUAAGAAAGCAAUUGAUUGCGAACAGACCGACGGUUUUUGGAUAGAAUGUAAUGUUAAACUUCCUACAAAAGAGGAUUCCAGUGUUGUCUACAAGAAGUAUCUAGGCACUCUCAGCACAACAUUUUCUGGUAAAAUGUGCCAGCGAUGGGACCUUUUAUAUCCACAUAAGCAUUCGCUGCAUGGACCUGUGUUCAAGGGAGAAGGUAUUUCUGAUGCAGCUAAUUAUUGUAGAGAUCCGGGAGAUAUGGGUCAUCUUUGGUGUUUUACAACAAAUUCUGAGACACGAUGGGAACCUUGUUUGUUAAAUGAAAAUAAAGCAGAGCGUCAUUGUAUAAAUAAUGACAAGUAUACAGGACAGAGAAAUACAACAGUUACAGGAAAAUCAUGCCAAACUUGGGACCGAAUAAAAAAUAGUAACAAAGGCAUUGCAGACAAUGAUAUCGAUACGUCUUCUAACCUCUGUCGAGAUCCUUACAAUUACGGCUUCAAUUGGUGUUUUGUUGACGUUUCAACAGAGAGUGAUAAAUGGGAGCCUUGCGACACUGAAGAACUACAACAGCCAACGCAAAUUGGGGAAACAUUUUUUAAAACAACAGACAGUUACUUUCAUUGUGACAAUGGUAAAAUGUUUCCAAAAACGUUCAGAUGUGAUGGAAAACUUGACUGCGAAGACAUAUCUGAUGAAAUUGAUUGUUCGUAUUCGGUUCAUCCUAUGAUGAUUUUUGACAAUGGAGAAAAUGAUGAUAGAACGUUCGGUAAUGCAUCGUUUAAGGACGGGUCUUUCUUCAGAUGCAAGUCCAAUGAUUUGAUAUCAGUCAUUGCAAGAUGUGAUGAAGUGAUUGACUGUUUUGAUGCAUCAGAUGAAUUAGAUUGUAGAGAUGAAAAGGAAAGCAGAACUUGCUCUGACUACCAGUUUCAGUGUGACGAUGGUGACUGUAUACACAUCAGUCAAGUUUGUAAUUUUAAGGACGAUUGUAUCGACGGAUCGGACGAAUAUUGUGAAUUUGAACAAUGUUCGAUAUUGUCCGAAUAUCAAUGUGACAAUGGUCCAUGUAUUGCUUCGGAGCAUCGUUGUGAUGCCGUUCGACAUUGUACAGAUGGAUCUGACGAGAAGGCUUGUGAUGAAUGCCAACCAGGAGUAGCUUUCCAUUGUGAUUUUGGAAAAUGUUUACCGUUGAGGUUAACAUGUGACGAGUAUCAGCAUUGUGAAGAUGGAACAGACGAAUUAAAUUGUGACAACAAGGUGUUUGAUUCGUGCCAAGAUGUAUGGGAAGCUGGGUAUAGAAAAUCUGGAUAUUAUCAUAUAUUAGAUAAUCAGCAACAGCUCGAGUGCUUGUUUGAUCAGAUAGAAACCGAUAUUAUUAGAACUGUGUUCCAUUUCGAUUUAAAAUUUGUGUCAGUAGACCUUGGUAGUUUCCUGUUAGUGGAUUUUCAAAUGUUACGUAUCUAUAAUAACCCAGAAACUGAGGAAGAGAACGUGUUAAAUUCUGUGAUAUAUAAUGGAGAUAAAACGAGCUGUAUUCAACAGAUUACAAAAUCUUGUCCACCACCAGUUGAAAGUAUUACAAGACUGAAUGAGUCAUAUAGAUAUUGUCCAUGUUCAGUUUUUAAUUAUGACAUGGCAUUGAAUUCAAGAAAUGCACCAUUGCUCAGUGCAGAAAAAUGUUAUACCGUUGCCAAAGAGAAUUGGACAAUAUAUCCGGAAAAUCCAGUUUCAAAUGGAACGAGUGUGAGUCUUACUCUAAGUGUAAAAAUUAGUAAUCGGGCAAUAUUGACAACAUACAGGAAAACCUACUUACAGCUGAUUGUUUCAUCCUCAAUAUGUACACAUGAUUACCAGGCGAAGGACGAUGAUUUCGUUUGUGAUAUAAAUGGGAAACGUAUUCCAAAUAUAAUGAGAUGUAUAUAUGACAUGGACGUAAACGGUUUUACUCUCGGUUGCAGAGAUGGAAGUCAUCUGAAAGAUUGUGAGAAAUAUGAAUGUCCACACGAUAUGGUCAAAUGUCCGAAGAGCUACUGUAUUCCACAGCGGUUUAUAUGUGACGGGAUCUUGCAGUGUCCUGGAGGUGAAGAUGAAGAUUCAUGUGGUUGUAAUCCGUCAAGAAAUGAAAUACUUAUAAUUUAUGAUGAGGAAACUUCUGAAGGACCAGAUAUUAUACAGUUUGCUUACCAAUUUUCUACGCCAACUAAUAUUGUUCGAGUUUUGAGUUAUAAAGCCUCUACACCUCUUCAAGGUUACGGAAUCAAUAACAUUCUGAUUGACGUUCAAGAUAAAGAAAUACACAGAGUUCAAAAUAUUGAAAAUGAGUUUCAGUGCCGUUACAAAAUAAUGGCAAAUCGUCUUCUUGAUUCAAUUCGAUAUACAAAUGAUGGUCCGAAAGGUGUUAUUCUAAUUGAAACUAAUGGUGCGGCAGAAAGUGUUUUUAACGACAUCAUAAAAAGCAAGGCUGCAUUAGAAACACACAUAAAUAUAUAUAGGGUGAAAGAGAGGUUCAAUGUUUCCACUUCUGCAGAAGUUUUAAGCCAAGGUGCAAAGGUUACGGACAUAAAUGUAAGAAGAUGGAAACAUCUAAACGGAAUUGGUGCCGACCGUUUCAGUGAGCUAUGUAAAGUGACAACAAAAGUUUAUUGUCCAAAUGGUUACAAAUGUGCAUCGAGUCGAUCAUGCAUAACUUUGGAUCAAGUAUGUGAUGGUUUUGCACAUUGUUUGCAUGGUGAAGACGAAGAUCUCUGCAAUUUUCAAUGCCCAUUUAACUGUUCAUGUACUGGAUAUGUUGCCAAUUGUAGAAAUUCUUACUUUAAUUUGUCUAUGUUGUCAUCAGUAUCAACAAAUACGCGCUUACUUGAUUUAAGUUUUAAUGAUGGACUCAAUACCAUUUUAGAGGAUUCUAAUCUAAAUAUCAUGAGAUUGUCUGUCUUGAAUAUUUCAUAUUGUAGCAUUAAGCGUGUAAAUAUUUUUGCCUUUGGACAAAUCAGGAACCUUCGUUCGUUGGACAUAAGUUUUAACCUACUUACUGUGCUGUCCAACUAUGUCUUUUAUAAUCUUAAACAACUAAAAGUUCUAAACAUUCGAGGUAAUUCUUAUCUAUCAGUGAUUGAGAUGCAUGCCUUUGCUGGGUUGGGAAAUGUACAGGAAUUAAAUUUAGCCAAUGCAAAACUGGAAAAGAUUUCUGCGGACACGUUUUCUAGGAUGACUCUCAAAAGCGUGGAUUUGUCAAACAACAAGCUCAGUGAAUUAGGAAGCUUUGCAUUUCGGGACUCGUCUAUAAAAUACAUUAAUUUCAAAGAUAAUGAUGUCAAAACAUUCCACAAGGAUAUAUUCACUGGACUUAUUGGUUUAGAAAAACUCGAUACACCGGAGUUCAAAUUUUGUUGCAUAAGACCGAACUAUGUUAAAGAAGAAAACUGCUAUCCCCAGAAAGACGAGUUUUCAUCCUGCGAUGACCUCAUGAGACAUUCUGUGCUCCAGUUUUUGAUAUGGUUAAUUGGAAUAACAGCGUUUCUUGGGAAUAUUCUGACCAUUUUAUAUAGGCUAAAAUAUGAUAGAAAGAGGUUGAAAUUGGGUUUUGGCAUAUUUGUUACAAACCUGGCGGUUGCUGAUUUCUUAAUGGCUGUCUACUUGAUUAUUAUAGCCGUUGCUGAUUCUGCUUUUCGAAAAAGAUACAUAUUUAUGGACGACUACUGGAGACACAGUUUUUGGUGCAACCUUGCAGGGAUACUAUCUACCGUUUCCUCAGAAGCAAGUGUGUUAUUUCUUUGUCUCAUUACAUUGGAUAGACUAUUGGUCAUCAAAUUCCCCUUUGGACGAGCCAAAUUGUCAAAGGACAGAGCUGUUGCAUGUGCGAUCUUUACGUGGUUGUUUUCUGUUAUUGCCGCCAUAUUUCCAGUUGCGUAUGAAGGUUACUUCAAAAACGAAUUUUACUCGAAGUCAGGCGUUUGUAUCGCCCUACCUUUAACAAGGGAUCGUCCACCAGGAUGGGUUUACUCAUUGUCGGUCUUUGUUUGCCUGAAUUUCUUCACAUUUGUUUUAGUUGCGGUUGGACAACUAUCGAUUUUUAUUGAAAUUCGCAAAUCUUCUGGCAUUGCAACAACUGUUCAGACUGCAAGGAAGCGUGAUCUAAAAGUUGCAAGGAAUCUUCUCUUGGUUGUAGCAACCGAUUUUAUGUGCUGGUUUCCAAUUGGAGUUAUGGCUAUGUUUGCACUGUCGGGUCACGUAAUUUCCGGGGAGGUGUACGCAUGGGCAGCCGUAUUUAUACUUCCUGUCAAUUCAGCUCUUAAUCCCAUUUUGUACACUUUGAGUGCAAUUAUUGGCGGACAAAGAUUUAAUCCAAGUACAGAAGAACAAUCAUUUAAACAGAUGACUGAAGGUUUGUAA